AUGGAUGAGGAGAAUGAGGUGAAGAAGCCUUUUGAAGUUGCAGAUAGAAGCUUAAUAGACUUGGUCUUCUCUUGGUCUCUGAGGAAUGUUCUCGACAGAGAUCUUUACAAACACCAGGUGACCGAAAUUCCAAAGACAUUUUCGACAGUGGCGAGUUACAUGAAGUCAUUCAUUCCUUCACUUAUUGAGGAAACACAUGCUGAUUUACUCUCAAGCAUGAUGGCUAUUUCGGAGGCACCUAUUUGUGAGAUUCUGACGGUUGAAACUUCUAACCAUCAUAAGGCUCCCAAAGACUUGUUCUAUGAAAUUAAAGUUAGGAAGACGAGAGAAACCAAAAUUAAUGCACGAAAAUAUGAGCCACAGGUUGGAGAUAUCUUUGCCUUGACUAAUAUUAGACCAAAAUGCAUUGAUGAUUUGAACAGGCCGGGAAAUUUCUAUCUUAUUGCAUAUGUUCUAGGAUCGAAACAUGACAGCUCAGACAAGAUCCCAAUACUCUUGUCAAAGCCUAUCAGUGGAGAAGGAUACUGUUGUGUCCCGGAAAUUAAACUGCCCCAAAUAAACAACGAAUUGACCCAUGUCAAUUUUGGUUCAAACAGAUUCAAGCAAAUACAGAGCAAGAGAGAAACACUGUUUGCUGUCUAUUUGAUGAACAUGAUCACAAAUGUUCGUGUAUGGAACGCAUUGAACUCAGAAGAGGCAAACACAAAUAUAAUUAAGAAUGUGCUGAAAGUGCAACCCACUUCACCAGAUGGUGAGAAUUCUUGCACAAUUUGUUUUUCCAAACAAAUAUACACCCUUGCCCUUUCUAGAAAAUGGUCCAAAAUGUGCUCUGAUCUAAAUGAUUCCCAAAAGGCUGCGGUUUUAAACUGUAUCAGUUUGAGCAAUUGUCAUCACCAUAAUGCCAUAAAAUUAAUAUGGGGGCCUCCAGGAACUGGAAAAACCAAGACUGUCGGUAUGUCACUCUUUACCCUCUUUAAGUUGAAGUGCAGAACACUAACAUGUGCUCCAACCAAUACUGCUGUGUUAGAAGUUACGGCGAGACUCCUGAGGUUGGUUAAUCAGUCUCUUAAUUAUGGAAAGUAUGGACUAGGAGAUAUAAUUCUAUUUGGGAAUGGGGAGCGGAUGAAGAUCGAUAAGUAUAACGACCUUUUUGAGCGAAAGAGGGAAAAACACAAUAAGGAUGAUGACCAAGAUGAUAGCAGCUCAACAGGUGAUGAUGAGAAUCAUCUUUUGACGUUUGAUGAGUUUGUGAAGAAAAAAAUUGUUUACUUUAGUGAGCAGCUGGAAACUUGUAUGGUAAACAUGUACACCCACUUGCCAACGUCUUGCAUUUCACUUGAGGUUGUGAAGGACAUGAUUACAGUUUUGGAUUUGCUUACGUUGAUUAAAUCUAUAAUGUAUUGGGCUGGUGUUGCUAAUCAUAGGUUACGAUUACUUCUUGAAGAAUAUUGCACUCAAAUUCUUAAGUCCCUUCGUGCAUUUUCUGUUCCAAAUUUGAAUGACCGACAAACAAUAAGAAAUUUGUGCUUGGCAAAUGCUUGUUUAAUAUUUUGUACUGCGUCAAGCUCUGCAAAAUUGCACACUAAGGGAAUGGCACCUCUGGAAAUGUUAGUGAUUGAUGACGCGGCUCAGCUGAAAGAAUGUGAAUCAGCAAUUCCUUUGCAACUACCUGGUCUUCGCCAUGCUAUUCUCGUAGGAGAUGAGAGGCAACUCCCUCCUAUGGUUAAAAGCAAGAUCUCUGAGAACGCUGAAUUUGGAAGAAGUUUGUUCGAAAGACUUGUACUGUUAGGCCACAAGAAGCUCCUUCUCAAUGUCCAGUAUAGGAUGCAUCCUUCGAUCAGCAUGUUCCCGAAACAGGAGUUCUACAACAAUCAGAUAUUAGAUGGUCCAAAUGUCAACCAAGUUAGCUAUGCCAAGUCCUUCAUUGACGGCAGAAUGUACGGGCCGUACUCCUUUAUAAAUGUAGCCAAUGGAAAAGAAGAAUUUGAUCGUGGGCAUAGUCUGAAAAACAUGGUUGAGGUUGCUGUGGUAUAUGAGAUUGUUUCAAGCCUUUACAAAGAAUUUACUCGAACAAAAAAGAAGGUUAGUGUUGGGGUAAUAUCGCCUUACAAUGCUCAAGUUAAUGCAAUUCAAUUGAGAGUCAGAAACUACAGCGAAGUUUCUGGCACAGAUUUCUCUGUACGUGUGCGAUCUGUUGAUGGAUUCCAAGGUGGUGAAGAGGAUGUUAUAAUUAUCUCCACUGUCAGAUGUAACUGGAAUGGAUCUGUAGGUUUCCUCUCCGAUUGUCAACGAGCAAAUGUGGUGCUAACUCGUGCAAGGCAUUGCCUUUGGAUAUUGGGGAACGAAGCCACAUUGACAAACAGUAACUCAAUUUGGAAGAAGAUAAUUCUUGAUGCGAAGAAACGUGAUUGUUUCUAUAAUGCUGAUGAUGACAAGAACUUGGCUCAGGCUAUUGCAGCAGCACGUCUAGAGCUUAACCAAACAGUGUGUGCAGCAGCAGGAGCAGAGCAAUUUACCUGA